CAUCCGUCAGCUAAAAUGAUUGGCAAAAUGAUCGGUCAGAAGUAUUAUGCCAUCACCAAGUCGUGGGUUCCUACUAUGGCCCUAUGGGGAUCAACCGGAGGUGUGGCCCUGGUCUACUUCACAGACUGGCGUUUGAUUUUGGAUUAUGUUCCCUACAUCAGCGGCAAAUUCAAGAAGGAUGAGUAGGGUCCGUCAGGCCGGUAAAAGGUUGGUGCUGUUUCUUGUUUCUUCUUGAUACCAAGGCGUAUAUGAUGAGCACGAACCACUGCAGCCUGUACAUCGGACUGUAGUCCUACUGGACAGCCCAUCACCAACACCUCAGUCAACACUGAACAAUACUCAUCACAAUUGAGUGAAAUCGUCUAGCGUUUGACAUUUUCAUUGUUUUCUGCCAGUAUAAACAAGGAAUUGAUGAAAAAGAAAAAAAGAUGACAACUCUGCUUCUUCCUCUCCAGCUCAGUCCGAGGAUGUUUGUUUCUUUUUUUUUUUUUUUUUAAACGUGUUAUUUGGAUCAAAUUUGAUUCUGCUUCAGUGAAGAAGUAAAGUAUGUAUUUUA